CCGCCCCGGGUCCAGCUCCCAUUUUUCCGGACUCCUUCCGCAUUCCUCCUGCUAGGGCCCGCCUGCAUUCCUUUUCCCUUCUGCCGGUCCAUUCGCCCCACUCCCUGGCCCACCCCUCUCUCCUAGCGUUUACCUCUCACUCCCGGCCCCACCCCCGCCCUGUCGGCCAGCCCUUCGGUUCAAACCGGUCUGGCCCAGCUCCAGCCCCGUUCCUCUCCGCCCCCUCCCCACCCCGCCCCCAUUCACACACUCCUUUUCCCCCCCCCGCCCCCAUCGGAGCCUGCCCGCCCACUCGCUCGUGGGGUCAGAGGUGAACUGGUAGGAAGAGGGCGACCAUCGAGGGCGCGGUGGUGAUGGAGAUGUUGGUGCCUGUUAUUCUUCCAGCCCGAGUGUGACCUACACCCGCUUAUCCGGAGAAGCGUCGGAAGCUCUUCUCCCCUCGUGUUUGUGCAGCGGAGCUCCGGACCCGGGAGUUUCAUUUCGAUCAGAGCUGGGCCAAUUACUGAAGAGGAUCUCUUCUACUGCAUUUAAGCAGCACAAUAAAUUCAAAGAAACUGAAAUUUCCGACAAUUACAGAACAGCACAGUGAUCUCCAACAGAAAUGAAACCCUGCUGCUGCCACCAGCAGGAUUUCUAACAGACAGGGGGACCCAAUCUUUUCCCGUUCUCUGGGGUCCCUGCAAGCGCCGCGAGACUGGAACCCUCUCUCAAACUUUACACAAACGCAAGGAGGAAAAAUUAAGCAUAUGAUGCGUGUUGGGGCUUCAGGACAAUCCAAGGAAUUUGGCAAAUUAGAGUUGCCAGGAAGAUUCCUUCUCAUUUGAAAAUCUAUGAAGGAUUUGAAAGUCCUGCCUGCAGGCAAGCAGUUUACUAGGAAAGAGGCUGCUUUGCUGGCUUUACAGACACAUUUCUCCUACUUCAGCUGGGAUUUCUCCACAAAGAUCUUCUGAGAAAGAAAAAUAGAGGAGAAGGUGAAGGAAGAAAUGGCCAGUUCUCAGGGACAGCUGACCUUCAGGGAUGUGGCCGUCGAAUUCUCCCAGCAGGAGUUGCGAUGCCUGAACCACAGUCAGUGGGAACUGUACAGAGAUGUGAUGUUAGAGAACUAUGGACACCUUGUCUUUUUGGGUCUUGUUGUGUCAAAGCCAGACCUGGUCAUCUUUUUGGAACAAAAGAGGCAGCUAUGGGGUGUGAAGAAGACAGUAGCCUCAUACCCAGCUAUAUUUCCAAAUGAUACUGAGAGCCUCUUUCCAAAGAUGUUCAUAGAAACUUCUUUCCAAAGAGUGUCGGUGGAUAGAUAUAAACAUAGUGCCCUUGAGAAUGGACACUUAAUGAGAGACCGGAACAAGGAUGCGGAGAGUGAAGAGCAUCAAACACACCUGGAGACUCCUAUUCCAGACUACGAAGGUGAAUGGCAUACAUAUGGGGCGGUCUUUGAUCAAAGCACCAACCUCAUUACACAUAAGAGUAUACAUUUGGGAGAGAAUCCUUCUAAAUAUGAUGCAUGUGGGGAAAUACUUAACCAGUCCUCCAGUGUCGGUGACCGAAAGAGGAUUCAUGUGGGAAAAAGCCCACUCACAUGCAAUGAACCUGGGAACAUACUUAGUCAGUCAUCCAUACUACAUAUUAAUAAGACAAUCCAUGCUGGACAGAAAGGUUACAUUUGUAAGGAGUGUGGCAAAGCCUUCAACAGGCCCUCAGCACUAAUUCAACAUCAGCGAGAGCACAGUGGACAGAAACCUUACAAAUGUGAAAAAGGUGGUAAAACCUUCAAUUAUGGCUCAUUAGUAAAUGGACAUAGACUAAUCCAUACAGGAGAGAAACCCUACACACAUAAAAAAUGUGGGAUGGCCUUUACCCAACACUCACCUCCUACGGAACAUCACAGAACUCAUACUGGAGAGAAACCUUACCAAUGUAAACAAUGUGGCAAGGCUUUUCAGUGGCCUUCAUUCCUUAAUCAACAUCAGCGGAUCCAUACUGGAGAGAAACCUUACCAAUGUAACGAAUGUGACAAGGCCUUUAAGUCACUCUCAACCCUUAAUCAACAUCGCCGGAUCCAUACUGGAGAGAAACCUCACCAAUGUAACGAAUGUGGCAAGGCCUUUAAGUGGCUCUCAGUCCUUAAUCAACAUCACCGGAUCCAUACUGGAGAGAAACCUUAUCAAUGUAACGAAUGUGGCAAGGCCUUUGCUUACCGCUCAGGCUUUACCAGACAUCACAGAAUCCAUAUGGGAGAGAAACCUUACCAAUGUAAACCUUACCAAUGUAAAGACUGUUGCAAAGACUUUAAGUGGUUCUCAUCCUUUAAAGAACAUUGUCAAAUUCAUACUGGAGAUAAAACGUACCAAUGUAUUGAAUGUGGCAUGUCCUUUCCUCAAUACUCAGGCCUUAGCAAACAUCAGAGAGUCCAUACUGGAGAGAAACACUACCAAUGUAAGGAAUGUGGCAAGUUCUUUAACAGGCUCUCAGUCCUUAAUGAACAUCACCGAAUCCAUACUGGAGAGAAACCCUACCAAUGUAAAGACUGUGGCAAAGCCUUUAACUCACUCUCAGUCAUUAGUCGUCAUCACCGAAUCCAUACUGGAGAGAAACCUUACCAAUGUAAUGAAUGUGGCAAGGCCUUUAACUGUCGAUCAGCUCUCAAUGUUCAUCACAGAAUCCAUUCUGGAGAGAAACCUUACCAAUGUAAAGAAUGUGGCAAGUUCUUUGCUCAGUCCUCACAGCUUACUAAUCAUCACCGGAUCCAUACUGGAGAGAAACCCUACCAUUGUAAAGAAUGUGGUAAGGCCUUUAGCCGUCAAUCAGCCCUUAAUGUUCAUCACAGAAUCCAUACUGAAAAGAAACCUUACUAAUGUGAAGAAUGUGGCAAGGGAUUUAUCCAACACUCACAGCUUAUUCAACAUCACAGAAUUCAUACUAGAUUGAAACUCUACAAAUGUUAAGAAAGUGGUGCUGGGUGCCAUGUCGGCAUUCCUGGAGGACAUAGUCACAGCAAGCAAAUGGCAGUCAUUUCCACCAUUCCUGCCAUGAAGCGAAACUGGUAUCUCCUUCUAUUGGCUCACAUUAGAAAUGGGACUGUUAUUGAUUAGGCCUCACAGUGUUCUAAAUCAGACCAGUAUUUCCCAUACCGAUACCUCAUGGGAAGACACAUAUUUCCACCUCAACAAAGAAGAAUUUAGACAAAGCAGUGAAGAUGUUUGUCCAAAGGCUCUUUUAAUGAACUUAACGAACCCAAGAGAUAGAUAAUAGAGGGAGUUAAAAAACACAAGAGUUACUAUUAACUCUGGCCUGGAGACUUAAAGAUAAGAAAUAAACAAGAGCCAGGUGUAAGU